AUGAAGCGUAUUACUAGUAAAAAAAAUACGAUUCUGAUGUCAGCAUUUCGAAUUCAAAGAACUCGUGGUGUCUUUUGGACUUGGAGUGGUGUCACUCGUGUGGGAGCGAUGAAAGCUGCCAGCCACAUCUUUGUAGUGAAUGCGACCAGAGGGGAACGCACUCGACUGGUGCAGGCCAAGUCACGAGGAGCGCAAUUUGUGCGUGCCAAAAUAUUCUGGGAUCCCGAAGAUACCGUCCUCGCACGGGUUUUGCAUCCUAGUGAUGCCUGUGAGGAUUUAGAGACACCCAGGAGCGCUCAAAUUCGUUUAUGGGGGUUAAAAUCGGAUAUGGAAGCGUAG